AUGUCGUCAGUAAAGGAAGUUUUCAAAAUUAGUUUUCAACUUUUGGCUCAACAAACAGAUAACGUUAUCAAAGAUUUCUUGAGGCUCACCAAAGAUUUUAUGGACAACGGACCUAAUUCCAGUCUUUAUAACAAAGCUGCAGAAAAAUUGCAGAUUGAUGAGGAUAAAAUUAUAUCAAUUGUAAAAAGCAUAUGUCUCAUGUGUGUGCAAAGCUGUAAGCAUAAACUAACUGAUUUGGAAAUAAAAGAAUCACUGACAGAAUAUGGUUUUAAUGAAACAAAAUUGGACAUGAUUAUAUUAUUUUUUGAAAACCAAAAACCCCAGUUACUAGAUAUUUUAUCAUCUAGUGCGUUGGUAUUCCCACACUUCAAAGAACUAGAGUGGCGAUUUGAAACUGAUAUGGGAUCCAGAUCUUUAUUACAUCAAACCGUACCAGUUGUUACAUUAAAAUUAGAUUUAGAAAAAAAAGGUAUUUCUGAAUCAUUAUUCCUACAAACAAAUCCAUUAAACUUGGUUCAUAUCAAAGAUACGCUAGAGGCUGCUUUGAAACAGAAUCAAUCCCAAUGGAUAAGGAAAAUACGUAGAAAAUUGAAAUAA